GACUGCUCGAGGUCAGGAGUUCGAGACCAGCCUGAGCAAGAGCGAGACCCCCCCCCCACUAAAAAUAGAUUAGGAGAAAGAGAGGGGACUGCCUCUCCAGCACCCAUGGCAACUCCAUCCCUCCUUCCCCGCUAUUGUCCUGAAGCCCGACAUCGGUAACUUCCCAGCGAAGGGUGCAGGGAAGAUCACUUCUGAAGCCUUUGCUUGUCUGAAAGUGUCCUUGGAUGCCAUUGUAGGGCACACCUCACAAUUGUCUUAGCACCACAGACUUGGUGGCUUAAAACACCAGAAGUUUAUCCUAUCACGCCCCUGGAGGCCUGAGGUCUGACAGCCUGACAGCAAGCAUCACCCUCCCUCUGGGGCUCGAGGGAAGCCUCCUCCUUUGUCUCUUCCAGUUCCUGGGGCUCCAGGAGUUCCCCAAGGUAGCAUCACUCCAAACUCUACCUCUGUGUCCACACGGCCCUCUCCUCUGCGUCUCCUCCUCUGUGUCUUGUAAGGACACUUGUCAUUGGAUUUAGGGCCCACCUGGAUAAUCCAGGAUGACCUCAUCUCAAAAUCCUCAAUUACACCUGCAAAGCCCCUUUUUCCAGGUGACCCGUUUGUCACAGGUACCCGGGUUAGGACUUAGAUGUAUGUUUUUGGGUGGCAUCAUUCGACCCGAUAAAAAAACCUGUGCCCAAAAAUGAAUAAAUUAAGGUGGCUCCCAAUCACAUGUCCAUUGCCUUACAGAGAGAGAGCACGCGCAUGCACUCCUCGCAGGAUGCGGCCGUGCAGGCCUGGAUGCUGGAUGCCAGGGCGGACCUGGCUCUGACCUCCCAGCCCCAGUCGGGUCGCCUGUCCUGCUCCAGCUUCUGGAGAACAUGAGUCCGUGUGCUGCUGUUAAAGCCAUAACCUCCUCCCUGCCUCUGAGCCAACCAGACAAGGGCUUGCACCCUGUAGAACGAUUCUCCAAAGAUGAUGUUUGCAUCUGUUUUAGACUUGUCUCCUUGGGAACCUCCGAUUCUCAGAGCCUGUGGCUUGAAGGCAGAUGCCUCUCAUCGAGGUGGCAGGAAGCACCUGACAUCCAGCCAGGGCCCAGGAAGGAAAAUCGCUCGGCCGGAGAGCUGGGAGAAGCGUAGGCCGAGACGGACUCCACUCCUUCUGCUGUGUCCAGGCGAGAGACAGCAGGAGCCUCAGGAUGGGUUGCCCGGGGAGGAAGACCCUGUCUUUCUUCCUUAUUUUUGUGCCUGUUUGUCUACAUGGGGCUUUAUCGCAGGAAGCCGGCCCAGCAGGGCCGAGGAAGCCAUUUUUUGAGAGGCUGCGUAGACUAGAAGAGCAGUUUCGGAGAUUCCAGGAGGUGACCUUGACCCACCUGCGGGGCAUCGCCAGCAACUACAACGUUUCCUAUAAUGUGGACGUCCGGUUCCGGAGCCUGGCGGAAGAGAGCCAGGCCGUGGCCUUGGCGGUCAACCAGUCGCAGGCUGCCGUGCAGGGGGACCUGGCCCACCUCAGGGCCCGGAUGCGGAAGAUGGAGCGCAAGAGCCGGAAGGCGGACUCGAGGCUGCGGGCCUUGGACCUGGCCCUGGGCGAGAAGAGUGAGCCGCGGGCCCGGGAGAGGAAGGUGCAGAAGGACGCGGCCGCGGGACUGGCCGGGGACGUGCAGGCCCUGCAGGACACGCUGGCUCGCCUCUCGGACCUCGUCCACCGCCAGGGGGCCCGGCUGGCUGCUCUCGAGGGGCGGCUGCACAUGGCCACCCUUGGCGCCGUGGCCCCCGCACCCGUCCCAGGCCCAGGCCUAGCGCAGCCAGAUCGGCCCCGCCUGGGCUCCCCGAAGCUGCAGCGGGGCAGGCAGGCGCUGGGAGCCGCACCUGAGCCUGGGAGCGCCGCCCAGGACUCUGCCCAGGGCACGCGGGGGCGCCCAGCCUCAGGCGGCCACCAGACACUGAAUGGGGCGGCCACAGCCCCGCCGGCGCGGACCCCCGAGAGGCCAGGAGAGACGUGCCCCGCAGGCCCUGUGCUCGUUUUCCCCAACGCCUCCACCGAGAACGUGGUUCCCCUCGGCCCUGGCUUCCCCACGGCCCUGCGAGCCCUGUCCUUCUGCAGCUGGGUCCGGACAGCCUCCGGCCGCCUGGGCACCCUCCUGUCCUACACCACGGAAGACAACGACAACAAGCUGGUGCUGCACGGCCGAGACUCUCUCGCGCCCGGCUCCAUCCACUUUGUGAUCGGAGACCCGGCCUUCAGGGAGCUGCCCCUGCAGCUGCUGCUGGACGGCCGGUGGCACCACGUCUGCGUCCUCUGGACGUCCGUGCAGGGCAGGUACUGGCUGCACGUGGACCGCAGGCUCGUGGCUGCCGGCUCCCACUUCAGGGAGGGCUACGAGAUCCCCCCUGGAGGGUCCCUUGUGCUGGGCCAGGAGCAGGACAGCGUGGGGGGCGGAUUCGACAGCUCCGAGGCCUUCGUGGGCAGCGUGUCUGGUGUGGCCAUCUGGGACCGGGCGCUGGUCCCUGGGGAGGUCGCAAGCCUUGCCGCUGGGAGAGAGCUCCCCACAGGCGCCAUCCUGACACUGGCCAACGCCACGAGGGUAGGCGGAUUCGUGCAGAGGGCCAACUGCACCUGCCUGGAGCUCUGUCCGUGAGGCCGUACCAGCCAGGGAGAGGAUGGUGCCCCCCCACACUUGGCCACCCCAGGACCAGCACUUCCCACAAAGGCCCCCACCGCCCGCCAUGGCUCUGCACACCUGUGCCCUAACAUGGGGGGAGGGGAGGCAGCAAGGAAAUAGCCAGCCGGAGGCCGAGGCCCAGAGUCACCUUCGGGCCACAAGGUGGCCUCCUUCCCAUCACUGUGGCGGGUGUCCUUCCUGCUGCUCCUUCAGAGCAUCUGCUGCCUUGUCCUGUGUGGCUCGAUGGCAUUCCAUCACGGCCCCGCCCAGCCAGACGAGAGCGCUAGGCUCCGACGGGCCUGUCCUCUGAGCAUGUCUGCAGCUGUUAUUCUGGUUGAUUAAAAGCUAGCUCCCUGGGACUGUCCGUUUUCCUUGAAACUGCACAGGUGGCAUUUCAGCCAUCACUCCCUUUUCUCAAGGUGAUCGCUGUUCCAACAGCUCUCGGGAGAAAGGCUGCCAGUCUGUUUCCUGGCCCUCAAAGCUACAGCACACGGCCCCAUCCCACCCCGUGCCUCCCCGGGAGCCCUGGGGGCCCCAAAGUCAAGCGGCCACGUCCUGUCCUGUUGUCCUGGGGUGGCUGGGGAGGCGACGGGGGUGGAGGGUCCACGCAGGGGCAAGCGGCUCAAAGGAAACACUGGAGGCAGACUGGCAGUGCUUCCAAAACAGCUGCAUCGAGGUACAAAUUACAUAUUAUAAAUUUCACCCGUCUGAAGUGUACAGUUCAAAGAUUUGUAGUCAAUUUACCAAGUUGUGCAGCCAUCAGCACAAUCUGGCUUUAGGACAUUUCUGUCGCCACCCCCAAAACUUGUGCUCUUGGCACUCGCUCCCGUCCCACCAGGAGUCCCACCCCUGUCGGCCACGGACCUGCUGUCUCUGUGGAUCUGCCUGCUCCAUACACAUGGAGUCACGUGGCACUCGGAUCUCGUGGCCGACUUCUCUCGCUGAGCAGCAUGUUUUCCUUUUUAUGGCUAAAUGAUACUCCAUGGUAUGGACAGACCGUGUUUUAUUUAGACAUUCAUCUGCUGGCGGACAUCUGGAUCAUUUCCAGUUUUGGGUUCCUGGGAAUAAAGCUUCUGCGAGCAUCUCAUACACGCCUCUGUGUGGGUGGGAACCUAGGAGCAGAGCUGCUGGCUGGACGGUAGUCACGUCUCGACUUUGAAAGACACUGCGACCCUGUUUUCCACAAUAGCUGCAUCAAGCUCACAUGCCCACCAGCAAUACAUGAAGGUUCCCGUUUCUCAAUAUCCUGCCAACCCUUGGUAUUGUCUUUUCAACAACCCUUUUUUUCCGAAUUGUGGCAGGUUGAAAAAAAAAACAUGCAUUCACAAUCAGAACAGACAUGUUUUACUUUAUUUAAGUUUCUGUGUGGGCCUGGCGUGCGUGGUGGCUCA